AUGUCGCAGUCUCAACAAAAUCAAUCCAACCAGCCACACCAUGAAAGCAUGAUGGAAAGAAUUUUCGAACAUCAUGGUCACCCCCAACAUGAUGAUGGGAAGAAACAGGAAGUGCCGUCGGAGCCAAAACCGAGUACGCCGCACAAGGAAAGUGAGAAAGAAAAAUAUUUGAACUGGUAUCACAAAGAGGAGGAAGAGGAGGCGGAAGGAGAUACGUAUGGCGGUCUGAUGUAG